ACGUGACCCCGGUGCGCUCUUUAAAUGGCUCCCCCCCGGCUUGAACCAGCGCCAGCCCAGAGCUCUGAAUUAGGGAGCGCAGAGACCCCCGCAGACAGCAUGACUUUACGGUUUGAGGCGUCCUGUCCUGACGGCCUGUGUCCCGGAUGGAGCAUUAUUCUGAAAGGAGAGCCACCAUCUGAGGCAAGCAAGUUUGAGAUUAACUUCCUAUGCGACCGCGAUGACAGGAUAGCCUUCCACUUCAAUCCUCGCUUCACGGAAUCUGACAUUGUGUGCAACUCCUUCAUGUCCAACCGCUGGGGGCAGGAGGAGAGGUGUACCAACUUCCCUUUUGGAACAGAGGAGCCCUUCCAGAUCGAAAUUUACUCUGACAAUGAAAGCUUUCAUGUUUACAUUGACGACACGAAGGUCAUGCAGUACAAGCAUCGUGUGGAAGACCUGAAGACCAUCACCAAAGUGCAGGUGGCGAACGACGUCAACAUCUCCUCAUUGGAGAUCACGAAAAAGCCUUUUUAUUAAAGCAAAAUGAGUUCUUAGGGGGCUUUCCUGUCUAUAUGCAAAGCUGCUGCCCUCUUUUGAGAAAGUUUUGUUUGUUCACAACGUGGAUUAAUCAGCGUCUCAGAAUUUUUUGUUAUUGAAUCUUUAAUAAUGAUGGUAAUCUCAUUUGAUUGGAAUUUUCCUGGAGAUGUAUGAAUGUUGAUUUUGCUUGGGGUCACCAGCAUUUUCAACAAUGGUGCUGAAAUAUCCGAAGGCCAUAUUUUAAAAUGAUGCUCUUUAAAUAAACUCUAAAAUAUGA